AUGCCAGACAACAAAUCCGAUGCCAAAAUUUUACAACCUCAUACUCUCUGCUCCCUCUGUACAUCUUUCUGGGAGCGUGCAACAUGCCUCAGAUUCCGACCUGAAGUCCUUCUCGGUGGCGGAGAUGAUGUCCCAUCGAUGCCACAGCAUCUUCUCUUCUCUCCCAACCGCACUGAUGUUCUAUCUGCUGCGUUGCAAGGCUGCCACUUCUGCUCCAUCAUCGUUGGAGCUGUUGUAGGAUGCACGGGAGAACAUGGUGGUCGACAAUUUUCUGGUGACAGGAAUGGCCCUAUCUACAUCUCAAUAGCGAUGUUGGACACAGAUGCCGGUACCUUUCUCCUUACGUUGUUUCCCUGCGAGGAGUCAAGCAUCUUUAGUCAUGAUCAAAUACUCAGCGAUUAUCCUUUACAACUACGCCCAGUCACAGGGAGCCAUGGGGACAUAAAAACUGACGAUCAACACCUUGUAUCGACGCUGCAUCCAACAACUUAUUCCGACGCAACUGCUGAUUUCAUUCGAUCUUGGAUUACUGAAUGUCAGAGUACUCAUAUCCUGUGCGGCGACGACCUUUUGAGCCUGAUUCUUGGUUCCACAGAAACAAAAGCACGACCCCGGCGCUUGCUAGAUCUGUUGGCUUUCCAGGAUAUGGAGAACAUACGGCUUAUCGAGGCCAACAAUGACCACGGCAAGGAGUACUGCGCUCUGAGUUACAGCUGGGGAUUUAGUGAGCCCUUUGUCAUGAAAUCCUCUAAUCUGGCGGCGUUUCAGAAAGAAAUUCACGUCAAAGAUUUGCCGAAACUACUACAAGACUCUAUUCGAGUCGUUAGGGGUCUCGGGUUCAGGUAUCUGUGGAUCGAUGCCCUUUGCAUCAUGCAAGAUGGAAGCCAAUCUUCUGCAGCGUCGGACGACUGGGUUGACCAGGCGGGCAAGAUGAACGACAUCUUCGGGAACGCAGCUGUCACCAUCGCGGCAGCCGAAUGCUUUGAUGGCAACUCAAGCAUGAUCGUGCCACGAAAUCCGCUGAGUCAAUUAUCUUGUCGACUGGACACAAGCACGAAUCUCUAUUAUGAAGUCGUUCCACCAUGCACUCCGCAUUGUUUGUUACACCCUUUUGAUAAAGCACGCUUUCACCUCGAUACCAGAGCAUGGGUUUUCCAGGAGCGAAUAUUGUCGCCUCGGACAGUGCACCUGACUCGCAACUUUGUUCACCUUGAGUGCAGGACUGAGCUCCGUUGCGGAGCUAUGGGAGGACCUGACGCGUGCUAUCACGGCGGCGCAAUCGCCAAAGCAGAUUAUCAAGUGCUGUUCUCCAUGUUCGGACCCAACGGGCUUGAUGAUUCUGCCCACGACGCAUUUCUCUCCUUCUGGCAUGAGCUUAUCAGGAGGUAUUCGACGACGAAUCUGAGCCGCAAGUCGGACUUGUUGGCUGCUUUGGCUGGUCUUGCGAAGCAAGUUCAGAUAAAAUCACAACUUACCUGGUCAUUUGGGUUGUGGCAAGAGCAUCUGCUCCGGGGUAUGCUAUGGUAUGUUAGGGGAGGAAGAGGCGCACCUUGUCGUGAGAGGUCGCCGACUUGGUCUUGGGCCAGCAUUGAUGUACAAGGACCGCAGAUCAUUUAUGAGCCCGCCAUACAAAUUUCCCUUCUCGCGGACAUCAUUAGUCUGCCCGAUGCAACAAACUUUGUAGGCCGUGGUCUAUUGGUGGAUUCAACGAAACAUUGCGUCAAGGCCUCAGGCCUGUUACGACCUGGUGCUCCGGAUUCGUUAAAAUAUGGUCAAGAUUCUGCUUCUAGCAUGAACAAAGAUAUUCGUGUCCAUCGGAAUUGCCAAGGGAUACGACAUAUCCAACGCCAAUGCCCAUUUCACCCAGACUACGACCUCCCAAACAACAUAGAGUUGUACAGCUUCCUUAUAGCUUGCGCUUCAGGAGCCCAACAAAGAAUUGGCUCUUCUUCUCAAAAUCUAGAUACGCAUGUGGGGAUUGUUCUGACGCCUGCCCCGGAACAUGAACGUCGAUACAGACGUGUUGGCUAUUUCCAUAUUGACAUUCAGAAGACAGAUGAUGAUGAUCAAGGAAUACCGUGGAUUCUGGAGAGCUCCAGUUUUGUUGAAAUAGAGGUCAUCUAG